AUGGCCUCAUUUAAAUUCAACUUCAACGGAACAGAUGAAGCUGUCGAUAUGAAAGAAAAUACAGAAAUUGAAUGGUUGCAAUGUGAACAGGUUGAGCUCACCAACCAACAUAAUAAUUUAGAAACUAUAGCAAAACAAGCAAGAAUGUUUAUGUGUGGUGAUGUGGAGAUAGGUCAUGUUUUUACAAACCAGUUGUCUAUUGAAAUUAGUCAAAGCAAAAAAAAUGCUGUGGAGUUAGCUGAAAAAGAACACAGUGAUUUAAUUACUGGAAAGUAUGAAGGUGGGAUAAAAAUUUGGGAAUGCACUUAUGACCUUAUUGAGUUUUUAGAGAAUAAUGAUAUUAAUCUGGAUAGUAAACAAAUAUUAGAUUUAGGUUGUGGAACAGGUAUUCUGGGCAUAUAUUCCUACCUCAAAAAUGCCACAGUCACCUUUCAAGACUAUAACAAAGAAGUAUUGGAAAAUAUAACAAUACCAAAUUUAUUACUUAACAUUGAGGAUGAAACUACAAGACAAUCUGAAAUACAAAAAUUUAAAUUUUUUUCUGGUGAUUGGAAGUCAUUUAAUGAUUUUUUGUCUAAUGAUGAGAAAUAUGAUGUAAUACUUACAUCUGAGACAAUAUAUAAUCUAAAUAACUAUGAUAAGCUUAUCAAACUAUUUGAAACAAGAUUAAGUAAAAAUGGUGUCAUUUAUGUAGCAGCUAAAACAUAUUAUUUUGGUGUUGGUGGUGGAACAAGACAAUUUGAAAAGGCAAUAGAAAACUCAGGGACAUUAAAAUCGGAAAUUGUAUGGAAAACAACAUCUGGAAUACAAAGAGAGAUAAUUAAAAUAUAUAAAAUUUAA